AUGAGAAACACGCACCCGCUGAAAUUUACACUUACGCUCUGCGCGAUCGCGGGAUGCGUGCAACCGCUUUCGUGGACGUCGUCAAAGAAACAAAGAAUAUACGCCGUUCAUAGAUUAUUACUGAUAUCCGUAAUAUUCACACUGAUGACAUCCCAAUUAAUAAACAUUAUACUGAACAUUGAUAAAUCCAACGAAUAUAGUGACACCAUGUACAUGACGUUGGCGGUACUUAUCGGAAAUUAUAAAUUAAUUAGCAUGUGGAUAACCGCCAAAAAUAUAAGAUCAGUAAUCGAUAUCUUCGCGGAAAAACUUUUCAGAUCAUUAGAAUCAUAUGAAACAAUAAUACAACAAAAAUAUACUAAAUUGACAAAGAAAUAUGCGAUGUGGUAUUACAUGCUCGUUCAGAUAACGGUCGUGGGAAUAAUUGUGAAUGCUUACUUCACGAAUUUCACGAAACGAAACCUGACGUAUAGAGCAUGGCUGCCGUUUGACUACACGUCUCCUGGUAUAUUUUUUCUCGUGUUUACUCAUCAAAUGUUAGGCGUGUCAAUCGUCGCGGCUGCGAAUGUCGCUUGUGAUCUCUUAGUAUCCGGACUUAUGCAACAAAUUUGUUGCCAGCUCGAGAUUUUGGAGUAUCGAUUAACGAAAUUUUCAAAAGGGCAAUAUAUUCUUCGUGAUUGCGUACGUCACCACGACCGUAUAUAUGAAUAUGCGCAUAAAGUAAAUAUCAGGUUUGCGCAUUUAAUCGCUUUUCAAUUUGCAGUAAGCAUGCUGGUAGUAUGCGCCAACUUGUACAAACUGGCUACCACAUCUCUCAACUCGAGUCUUUUUAUAAUAGUUCUGUAUACAGCUUGCAUGCUAUCCCAAAUCUUCUUAUAUUGUUGGUUUGGGAACGAACUCAAGUUAAAAAGUCUUGAACUGGCUAGUAAUAUAUACAAGCUGGAAUGGCAAAAACUAAACAACAACAGCAAAAAAGAUCUUGUGCUAAUUAUGAGACGUACGAGUACUCCUAUUGAAUUUAAUAGCGCUAUUAUCAUUACAUUGAAUCUUGAAUCAUUUAUGUCUCUGCUUAAGACGUCCUACUCGAUUUACAACGUGUUAAAAUACACGUAA